AUGGAGAAUUGUUCAGAGGUGAAGGAAUUCAUUCUUGCUGGAUUAACAGAUGCCCCUGAGCUUCAGGUUCCCCUCUUCAUAAUAUUCACUAUUAUCUACCUCCUCACCCUGGUAGGAAAUGUGGGCAUGAUAGUCCUGAUAUUGUGGGAUUCCCAUCUCCACACACCAAUGUACUUUUUCCUCAGUAUCCUUUCUCUAUCAGAUCUGGGCUACUCCUCCACCAUUACUCCUAAAGUGAUGGCUGGAUUCCUCCCAGGGGACAAAACUAUCUCCUAUAAUGGAUGUGCUACACAAAUGUUUUUCUUUGGGUUAUUUGCAACUGUUGAAAGUUAUCUCCUGGCUGCUAUGGCCUACGAUCGCCAGGCAGCUGUGUGUAAGCCCCUCCAUUAUAAUACCACCAUGACAGCCAAUGUGUGUGCUUAUCUGGCAAUUGGUUCCUAUUUCUGUGGUUUCCUUACUUCAUCUAUUCACACAGGAAAUAUCUUCAGUCUCCACUUUUAUAAUUCGAACAUGAUCCACCACUUUUUCUGUGAUGUCCCACCCCUCUUGGUUAUCUCUUGUUCUAUCACAUACAUCAAUGAAUUGGUUGUUUUCUUUGCUGUAGGAUUUGAUGUAUUUUUUGCUCUUUUUUUCAUCUUGAAAUCCUAUUUUUCCAUUUUUAUUGCCAUUUUGAGGAUGCGCUCAGCUGAGGGCCUCCAGAAAGCAUUCUCUACCUGUGCUUCCCAUCUCACAGCUGUGUCCAUAUUCUAUGGGACUAUAAUCUUCAUGUACUUAAGACCCAGCUCUAGCCAUUCCAUGGAUACAGAAAAAGUGGUUUCAGUGUUCUAUACCAUAAUCAUCCCCAUGUUGAAUCCUCUGGUCUAUAGUCUGAGGAAUAAGGAAGUCAGCAAUGCUUUUAGGAAAAUCAUAGGGAGGCAAAGUCUUCAUUAG